GACAGUUUUCCUGCCAGGUUUGGAGGGAUCCACUUUGUGAACCAGCCCUGGUACAUCCACGCCCUCUACACCGUCAUCAGACCCUUCCUCAAAGACAAAACCAGGAAGAGGAUCUUCAUGCACGGAAACAACCUGAACAGCCUCCACCAGCUCAUCCACCCUGAGAUCCUGCCAUCUGAGCUGGGGGGGAUGAUGCCGCCGUACGACAUGGGCACGUGGGCUCGCACGCUGCUGGACCACGCCUACGACGAGGAGACGGACUACCUCCCCGAGUCCUACACCCUGUCAGUCCAGGACCUGGAGAGGGACCUGGAGAAAAACAUGUCUCCAAAGAGCAUGAAAAGAUCCCAGUCUGUGGUGGAACCAGGAGUCCUGAAGAGACCGGACAAAGUGAAGAGUGAAGAAGACAACAUGCAGCCGCUGCUCUCGCUGGACUAAAACCACAUGAUUACAGCUCAGGAGCUGAAACAAAUCAAUAUUUGAACACACGGAAACACUGACUCCUCUGUGCAGAAAGACCUUCCUGCAGRAACAGUCUCUGCUGCUGCAGCAUUUAUUUCUCACGAAACUGCAGACCAGCUGCUCUUCUAUACACUGUAUUUAUUUAUUUAUUUAUUUCGUUACAUGUCAAGUGCCAAUCCAGAAACUGUAAAUAUGAAGUCUUUAAACAAUCUAGGCAGAGGAGGCUCAGCUCGGAGCAAGAAGAGGAGUUUCCUACAGGUGACGGUAAACUUUAAACAUAAAGAGCUCCCAAACUGAAGCUUUGUAUUUCUUAUUAAGAGCAGAAAUCUGAAGCAACGCCUCCAUCAGGGCAGGAAGGGCAUCUCAGAAACACCAGGAGAGGAGAGAGGAAGAUGAGCUGCUUCAUCCUCCAUUAAAACUGACCAACAGGCUUUUAUCAGCUGUUUUUAUUUCAGGGGACUGACAUCGUUCCUAAAAUAGCAUCGGAGCUUUUAGUCUCACUCCAGUUAUCUCUUGGAAAAGCAAAUGUCCCUUUAUGGUUCAAGUCGUCUUCAUGAAUCAUCUGCUUUCCCCUUCAGCCAUCUUCUUUCAGUUUCUGACCCAGACGUCCCAGAAAGCAGCACUUUUCCUCUGACGCUGCAGGCUCCUCUGAAACAGCUCCCCUCAUUGUUUGUUCGGCACAGGACUUAUUUAUCCUCGGUGUUUCACCGUGAAGACGUUUAUUUUAUAGCAGCAGAGAACGUUWAGCAUGGUGUUCGUCGACAGGUUGACUUGUUGGUGUUUUUAUUCUUCUUGUCACGAGAUAGACAUUGUUUUUAUUUUUCACUACAAGAUUUAUAGAAUUAUGAYAUAAGAGUCUCGUUUUGUUUGUUUACAGGAAUUAUGCAGUAUUUUAGUCUGGAGUUUUACCUUCAUUUAAGCCUGARAGUUUGAAUUUUCACUCUUGUAAUUAUCRUUAGCUGUGUUUCCAUUGCAAAUGUGUGCAAAACUUUGUMGAUAUUCUGUUAAUGYGGUGUUUCCAUUAAKUAAGAAAUGCUAUUAAA